AUGGAACAUCCAAGUUAUGCAUUUAUAAAAGAUAAUCUUCGUAAUGAAUUAAAUACAGUUGUUAAUACAUUAAAACUAAUUGUUGAAGAAAAAUUAUUAACUAUUGAAUAUGAACAAAAUUUGAUUGAACAAGCAAAAAAGUUUCUUGAUAUACUCAGUAGUUCAAUUGAUGAAUUACAAAAUAUUUUCGAAAAAAUUAAUCAAACAAUAGCAUUAAAUCGUUUAGAAGGAAUCAUGCUGAAAGUAGAACCAUCAUUAUCACAAACUAAAUAA